CCAUCAACCAGAAAUCCAUUGAUAAUGGAUAUAGGAAGAACACAAAUGAGAGAGAAGAUCUAUUUUUUUUGUAUGAUUGGAUCUUCAUUAGAAGAAGAAGAUAGAUGAAGUGUUUGUGUGUGUCAAAUUCUGCAUUAAUAUCGCCUAGGAAGAAGGCAUGCCCACAGAGCUUCUUCAACUGGGAUUUUGGCAGAAGCAAAAAACCAGAGCCCAUCUACUAUCAAGAUAUUGACCUCCCAUUCUCUCCUUCUCUUUUAUCCAAAACAUUCUUGAAAGGUAGGGAGCUGAAAUGCUGCUACAAGGCAAAAACAGAUGGAUUCAGCGCAACCGAAUUCCACAACAAAUGCGACUUUAAAGGGCCAUGCGUCAUCAUUGGCUACACAACUAGCAACUUCAAAUUUGGCGCCUUCAACCCCGAGGGCUACAGGAGCACCGACGACUAUUACGACUCCUUCGAUGCAUUCCUCUUCUACUGGCCCGACGACGACGACGACGGGGCCGCCCCCGUCGUCCUGCCCAAGGUUGGGGGCAGCGGAGCCGCCCUCUUCGACUACGCCCGUGGGGGCCCCCAGUUCGGGGCCGAUGGGCUCCUCAUCGGGCCGCCGCUGGCCCCCGUGAUGGGCGGGUUUGCGGGGCCCGAUACGAACUCGGGCGUCGGCGAUCUGAGGCAGGCUAGGUCUAGGCUGGGGCUGUCCUAUGCUAAGAGGGCUGAUGGGAAGGAGUCUUUAUUUGGGGAUGAGUCUAGGGUUACUCUUGAUCAAGUCUUGGUGUUUUGUAGUCCUCAAAUUGCUAGCUUGUAUUAGCCUCUUUUGUGUGUUGCAUUGCAUGACCUUCUAUUCAAUAUAAUGCAGUAAUAUCUAGCAAUAAUUUCCAAUAAA